AUGGACGGCUUAUUGACAGAGGUUAAGACCGCUACUCAUGGCCGGGAUACGUCUCUGUUGAUUGUCGAGGAGGGACCUGUCAACGGAUUAGAGAGGCAUAUGGCCACUUCUGAAGCCGACACUGAUGCAGAUCCAACAUCCGCGGAUUUUAUAUUAACAGUACUCAAGUCGAAGCCUGACCGCGCGGGACUUUAUGGCGUCUUGAAAAUACUUAAUGCUUUAGGCACCGUUACGAUCCCUGAUCAUUGGGCAGCAUUGAAUACAAAGUCAAAGGGGUCAACACCAGAGGCCAAUAAACUACGAGCCGUUCUGUUGAGAUGCUUUAGUAGCGUAUCUGGUAUCAGUUGCUUGGUGGCUCAACUCCGCUCGCUUAUAACUGCAGCUCGGUCAUCCUCCCAACAAGCGAAAGCAUCAGGGUCUCAAAUUCAGAUUCGAGAUAUUCUGACAAUCCUUUCUGCUCUCUUGAAGCCCAAAGAUCUUACAUUACGCAUAUACAUAGAUAUCGAAGCUCUCUACAGCAAUUCAACUCAGAAGCAGGUUGCCUGGAGAGAAUUUCUAUCUCUUAUUGCUGCUAGCAAGGUUCUCUCGGCUACAGCGGAGGCCCUCACGUUAGUUGGGAAUUUUGAUGGCUUGAGUACAAUCUCAUGGAUUGGAGACGGCCCCAAAUAUACCUCUUGGUUAGGUACUAACAUCUGUCACAUGGUGUCAAAACUUGAGUUCGAUAACGAGGGUGCUUGGAAAGCGGUUACUUCUCUAACUGGACGAGCAUUGAGCCUUGGUUAUACAGAUUAUUUGGCCCGCGAAUUAUACACUAGCUUGCUCAUCAACGAGACUCUCCGAGUACGAUAUAAUUCUCUCUUCGAUAAACUUCGGCCAAUGGAGCAGUUUGCAGUGUUGGAAGCCAUAUUCCGUGAAGUUGACAAGAAAUAUUUCUUGACACUGAUUGAUGAAAGCGACGAGGCUAUUCUGGGCCAGCGUGUUAACGGUGUUGCAGGAUUAUGUUCUAGCAUCAUUGGAGAGCGCCAACAUAUACAAACUCAGCUUCUGGAUUGGCUGUCAAAAGGCCAGGGUGGCUCCAUACAGACCAUUGGGUUACGCAGGGCAUUGUUGGCUAGCUUUGCAGAUCAGAAGGACUUAAUGAUGACGCUGCUCAAAAAGAGCCUGGAACAGUCUAGUGACAAGUUCUAUAUUAAGCAUGCGCCAAUUGUGAGCCAAGAAGCGAAUACCCAAGUCCUCCUUCUGGCAGCAGGAUACGUCAGGCGACUUGAUUCAAAUGCCAUGAUGGAAAUAGGACGUUCGAGUGCGUUUCUCAACACGGUUUCCAACCGCUUAGCCGCGUCAUCAUCUAAAGCCCGGUUUCUUGGAAUGAUCAUUGGGAUGUCAAUUUCGCAGCUCAUUGAAAAGCCGGGGAAGGCAAUGAAAUUCGACAUCGAUGAAAUGGAGAGUGACUGGGCCUUGUGGUACUUCAACUUGGUCAACACUCAAGACAGUUUUGCAUCUUUGGAAUCAAUUAAAUUGCCAACUGACUCAGAAACUGCCAAAGGUUCAUCCUAUUCAGCAACUGCUACUCGGAAACCACCACCUCCGCGGACAGCGAAGAUAGUGGCCAUUGAAGAAAUAGAGUCCGAAAACGAAGAGUCCGAAGAAGAUGACGACCUCGUCCCCUACGAAAAACCCGAUGAAGAUCCAUACGAUUCAGACGAGGACCCAACGUUAGUCCAACGCAACAAACCAAUAGCGCCAGUCUACAUUCGCGACCUGAUAAUCUGCCUAAGAGACACGGAGAAUAUAGAACGCUUUGAACUGGCGAUAUGCACUGCGCCUUCAUUAAUCAGACGCAAAUCUGCCUUCGGGACUGAACUUGCCGAGAAUACCGAAGAGCUGGCUCUUGUCAUAGUUGGUCUACAAGAGCAGAGCAAAUUCCCGAAAUUCCAUGAGUAUCGGCUCCAGAGUAUCAUCGCCUUGAUCGUGUCCCAACCUUUGAAGAUGGGUAGAUGGUUCACUGCGAUGUUUUUCGACGGAGACCUGUCUCAAGUCCAACGAUCCGCAGUUCUGACAGGUCUAGGUCUGAGCGCUCGUGAAAUAUCUGGGAAUGGCGAGAAUGACGCUAAGACACUGGGCCUCCCAACACUACCUGACGCGUCGUUCCCAUCCGGAAAGUUACCAGCCAAUCUGGAAGCUUUAUACUCGAGCAAUGAAUCCCCAAUAGCCAGCCUAACAAAGAAGCUAGCACAAACUUCCCUCCAGCCGCUGGCAGCUAAUGCUGCAGAUUCACUUUCUGGCCCGAGCGCGCUUAAAGUGCGAACAUUCUCUUCGCGAAUGGAGGUCGAGAAGCAACGCCAGCAGCGAGAGGCCCAACGACAGAAAUCUACGGCUAAAGAUCUCUACAAAGUGUUGGCGGAAGGGUUCUUCUACCCACUAAAGGGUCGAUUUGAGAUCAUGAUGUUACAGUUCUCUUCAUCAACAGCACCUUCAUAUAACCCCUUCCUCACCCCUAAUAUUCUUACUUUAUUCAUCCAAACCCUUACCCUUACUCUUUCUACCAUGGGGCCUCAUACUCCGUACCUCCCUACUGUCACAGAGGAUGCAAUAACCUUCCUCCUCUCGCUCCACACGCGUCCCGUUUCUGAUGACCCCAUAAUCCUCUCUGCCCUUCUGGCUUUCUUCCUCGCAAUAGUAGAUUUGAACGUCGCAUCAGGCUCUACCGGCGAAGAACGACUCGUCACCGAGUUCGCGUCGCAGGUCAUCGAGCUACGUGAGUGGGCAGGUGAGGUUUUCGACCGUACACCUUCAGUCAAGGGGGACGAACCCAGAGAACAGGUUAGAACGUUAGCAGCAGGUGUCAUGGUAAAGCUAGGAGAAGUGAUGGAAAGGUACCAAGGGCGGUUGAUGGGCGUGAAUUCCGGGUUUAAAUAUUGA